GGGAUACACAAACAAAUUCCUUGCAUUUUGUGACUAACAAAUUGGUUCGCAAUGGAAACAAAUUUUUCAUUUACGACGAUCUAUUACAACAAGGAGUUUAAAAAUAAUUUUACAAAAAGUAAUGAGUCUGACGUCACAGCAUGUGAUAGUGCACAAUGGCCAGAAAGAUGGGAGCAUAUACAUGAAAUUUUUACUUGCAUUGGAAUUGUUUUAGUUGUUUUAAGCUGUGUUGGAAAUAUAGUAGCAAUUGUAUUCAUCAGGAAAAACCCCGCACUUCAUUCUCCAACAUAUACAGGAAUUGCGUGUCUGGCAUUCUGCGACAUAAUCGCUGCAAUUUUUCGAUUUCUUAAAUUUCGCUCUCAUUCUAUCUACAUUGUGAUAAAUGGCUGUACAGACAGAGAACUGUUUGAGGACACAAUCUCUAUUUUAUCAUUUCUGACACUAAAUUCAUCAUAUUUUCACCUUACAAUGAUAUCCGCGGUGCGAUAUAGACUGAUUUCCCGCCCUUUCAAGACCUACAUAGGCCUCAGCUGUAGAACUGUAUUGAAGUAUUCAGCCGUCUGCUGGGGUCUCUCACUGAUCGCUAGCAUUGGAUAUGGCGCCAAGGUAUUAACCAUCAGCCACGUGAAGGAACACAUAUCUGACGUCAUAGAAAUUGCAUUUGUUUUAUAUCUUUUUUCCAUUACCAUUGUUCCUUUACUGACGAUUCACAUUUUAAAAAUUCGAAAGCUUCGAAAGUCUCUUGUGGUCAACAAACGACAUGAAGUGCGCAUGCACACAAUGAUGGCCGUGAUCUCAGUAAGUACAGUGGCUUGCAUCCUCCCAAUCGCCGGACUACAGAUAAACAAGACCAUCAAAGACCAAAACAAGGCCUUCAGCAGACUAGAAAUGUUUGUUCAUGGCCAACUGUCCCAAGUUUUUCUGGCGCUGAACCACGCCCUACAUCCCCUGCUAUUCUUCCUGCUGUCCGAACUGACCAAGAAAAAAUUCAAACCUUUCUCUCAGAAUGAUGUCAUCAACAAGUGUUUAGUUCUUAGCGAGGAAUCACUGAGGUCAGGGAAUUUUAUUCAUAAUGUCUUACAUUGUAAAUUGUUUGUUUCAUUUUUAUCCAUAUUACAUCAACUAUAG